AUGUUCUCCUUCAGCCCGUGUCGUAUCGGCUUCCAGGAUGCCAGCCUGCGCCUGGCCAUCGCCACCGAGGUGGCAUUGGGCUCGCGCUCGCUUUGGCACGGAUACUUCACGUCCUUCAUCCGCCCCUUCGAAGACUUGCCGUACCUUUGGAGCCCUGAGCAGCGUCGGCAGCUCGCCGGGACCGACGCUGAAGGGACAGUGGAAGAGACGUUGGCUGAGCUACAGGCGGAGUAUGAUGAGGUCAUUCAACCGCUCCUGUCCCGCCUUCCAUUGAACGGCGCCACCAUUUCGAGGGACAACUACCUGCAGGCGGCGACCCUUGCCACGUCGCGGGCUUUCACGGUGGAUGAUUACCACUUGGAGGCUUUAGUUCCUCUGGCCGAUGCCUUCAACCACCGCUGCCAGAAAGUUCCGGCGGGAGAGGUGGUGCGUGAAAUCCAGGAGGGUGAAGGCGCAGCUGCGCCACCGCUGCAGCUAACAGGGGGCGCGGCAGUGCCUUUCGCGCCCUGGUUGGGGCCCGCAGAUCGCCCUGGCAGAAAGCAGGAUGGUCCCUGA